CAGUUGUGUUUCAAAAAAUGAAACGCGGUUGACGUUGGUGGUGAUUUCUCAACUCAAUAUUUGUUUACACCACAUUCAUCGCUUUUUUCAUCGCGCGAAUUAAAGUCGGCUGGGAACUUUUGGAAGUUGUGCAGGAAGUUUCUGCGAGCUUCACAGUCAUGUCCUCCAGGAUGUCGGGUUCCUCUGGGGAAGGCUUCCGUACCCCUCUGAGAAGUCUGGAUAAUGAGAUUUUGCUCUCAUCACCUCCAUCAUCGAGGUUCAAAUCAAAAUCACAAGAAGCUGUGAAAAUGAUAGUGGCUGAUUCUCUAAGUAACCCAGAGUCAGACUUGGACUCUUCUUCAUCUACGGGAGCGGUACAAACCAGUCCCCCCUCUACUCCUAUAACGACUCAGACUGCUUCAGGACUCGGAGAUGUAACAUUUAAAUCCUUCGUCUGUGCUGGCGGUGAGGUUGAGAUCCCAGGUUCUUCAUUUUGUGCAGAAGAGAGUAUUAUUUUGCCCAAAGACCAGACUACACAACACAAUGAGACAGAAGAUACAGCCAUCUCUCACAGUAUGAUAGUGGAGUCCUCUUGUGACCACAAAGAACACCCCUAUCACAAUCCUAAUAUGAAAGAGCAUUACUCUGUUGACACCAGUGCAGCAUGUCUCUGUGAAGUUCAGAUCACACCUGUCUCUGAUGUCCCUGAUGAUAAACAAGAAACACAAGACGCAAGAGGUUUUCCAAAUGAGUGCAGUGAAGAGAAACAAGUCACCUGGAAAUCAUUUGUCUGUGAUGGAGGAGAGGUUGAAGUUUCAGAUUCCACCCGACUUCAGGAUGAGACUAUUCCUCUGCCUGAGGCAGAUCUCGGUGGCCCUUUACAAGACAACAGUAUAAAUUCAACUAACUACUCAUACGACUGUGGCAAGCAGUGUCAAUUGGACCAUGCUGAUCAUCCAUACUGUAGCAGUGAAGUGCCUGAUAUUCCCAUCACCACCACGUUGGCUGCAACCACAGAUGAUUUUGAGAAACCAAAGCCUACUUCUGAACCGAAUGAUGUCACCUUUAAGUCGUUUAACUGCACUGGAGGAGAAGCUGAGAAUUCACAGCGUGUCUGUGUUGCAGAUCAGUCUCUUCCUCAACCAGCUGAUCACACUGUGUCCAGCAGUCAGUCACAUCACAAUGGUGCAGAUCCAAGCAUGACAAGUGGUGACCACGAUUUCCAAGUCAGUAGUAACUAUUUAGGUCAGUUAUACAGUAACAUUGAUAAUACUUCAUCACCUCCAUGUGGGAGCCUUUUUGACACAGAGGAACCAUCGCUGUGCAGCACCGGCGUUAAAGAAGUCAACCAGAUGAGUUUGGUGGUACCUGAUAGUCAGGCUGACAGACAGGACGGUGUUACAUCCAGCUCUACCAUUACAACUGAAGUUGAAUCUGAAACAACACAUGAUAACCAGAUGAAGGAGAACUCCCUUGUGUCUGAAGAUGAGGUUGCAAUCUGUCAAGUGCUCGAUAAAAACAGCGAAUCGACUUCAGUUGCACAGAGUGACCUUCAAGAUGACAAUAACAGUCAAUCAAAUGAGGACGAAGCCGUAGUAGAAUCUGAUCCACCUGCUAUUAUUGCAUCUGCACUGACUAACACAUCUGUAAAAGUGUUGGAUAUUGAAACGGUUACUUGUCAAGUGCAAGAAACAUCAGAGUGUAUAAUACGUCCCAUAGACAGCCCAUUGUCUUCUGUGGUUCAUAAAACUGAGAUCCCUGAGUGCAGCAAUUUUACAUCUUCAGCGGAGGCUCCUUCUGGGGCCCUUCCUGACGCCAGUGAGUCGAAGGACAGUGCCAUUGGUUCAUCUGGAAAUGGACCAGCUGUUUGUAACCCUGUGGAAAAACCUGCAGAAAACCUCCCUGAUGUUUGGAAAGUCCUGUCAGUGUGUCCCUCCCUUGCCUCAGAUUUCCAGUUCCUCAGUCCUGUUGUCAGGAGAGCACCCCAACCUUCAUUAAAGGCUCAUGAGAAUGAGUUCUCCGCUCAAGGCCAGUUUUUGGCAGAUGAUUCAGCUCUCGAGGCCGAGAAAAGCUUGUUGGCACCUGUUAACACUGACCCUGCUGGUUUAUGGGCAGAGUGUUUGGAAAGCCCCAUGCCUCAUCCUUUGUUCAACUCCACAGCUCUAUGUCACAAGCCCCAGCCUGGCCCGGCCUCUGAGCCGGUUGAGGAUCUGGGAGAAAAGCACAAUGCAGUGCCACAGUCUGAAGUAAAGAAGCCUGUUCUGGAUAUACCAAUGAUUCCUGAUGGUCCACUCCAGCAGCAACUUCGGCAGAUGGCAGAAUUCCUCAUCUUAGCAUCUGGAAAAAUGGCCCCUGCAGUUGCCCAUGCUUCUGCUCCACCUUCUGCUGUCCUCACAGCCCCAUCAGCCAGAGCUCCUACUGUAGAGUCCCACAGCGUCUGUGUGGGCACAAGUCCAGCCAAACUAGUGGACCGCAGCCUCAAUACAUCGGGCCUGUUUAAGAGAGUGAGGGAAUUCUCUGUGGUUGAUUCCUGCACCAUGACCGAGCCACUCCUGUGGAAUUCACUUCAAGGCACCUUAGAGAGCCUCCCCAGACAGGAGCUGGAGCAGAGGUUAAGAUCUAGCAUGGUCAUGGUUGAGGCCCUGGUGCAACAGUUGGCUUCAGCCAGGACACAAGAACGUCCUGCAGGUCCUGCUCCUUCAGACCUCAGAGAGAAACUAGUUCAAACUGACCACACUGAACUCAGUCAGACCACAAUGUACAGAGACCUUUAUAUGGAGGCUCUGAAAAGGAUUGAGGAGGUGGAGCUUGAUGGACGUUCUCUACAGAACCUUACGCAGUCAAUACAAGACAUGAGGAUCACCAUGGGAACCUUGAGUAGUGACACAGAUGCUGCUUUGUGCAACAUGAAAGAAAUGGGUGACAUUUUCAAGGAGGACCAUCAAAACCUCGUUUCGCAUUAUGGACACAUGAAGGCUCUAUUAGAGAAAUCAAAGGACACACAGACCAGAAUGAUGCAGAAGGUCAAAGAAGCUCUUAAUCAAAGAAAUGACAUGAAAACUCAGAUGGACGAGGCUUUCAAAGACAAGGAGGCGGCCUUCAGUGCGAUGGAGCAGCUGAGGAUACACUGCGCUGCAGAAAUAUCCGCACUAGAGAAGAGUGUGGGGUGUCAGCAGGAGCUCUUGGCCGCCCUAAACCAGACUUACCCAGAACAGGUUGUGUUAAAUAAAACCUGCACUGAGACACUGAACUCGGCUUCUAAUCUUCUUUCUCAAACCCUGGAUGAACAGAACAGUUUGAAAACAGAACUCUGCACAGUCAGAGGCCUUCUGCAGAAAACUGCUCCCAUUCUCCUCAAGCUGAAUGAGCGGGCGGCUGCGGCUUUAAGAGAGAAGGAUGAGCACAAAUCUGCAAGAGACCAAGCUGUUGAAGAGCGGGAGCAGAUUGAAGAAGAACUGACAGAAACUCAGUUAAAUCUUCAAGCUGCCAGACAUCAGAUUGGUGAUUUAAAUCUGCAGGUGACAAUCCUGACGUCAGAAAUGGGUGUGCUACGGGAGAAGCUAACGGAGAAGUCAGAGGAGAGCGGCCUGCUGGAGAGGAAGGUGACCGAGCUUUCUGCUACAGUGUCCUCCACACUGGCAUCCUACGCUUUCUUGGAGCAGGCCCUCGCUGCAGAGACUACAAAGUUGCAGGAGUCAUGGAAAGACAUACAACAAGCCAGAGAGAGAGCAGAUGAGUUGGAGACAUCACUAGGUCAGUCGGAGCAACGCGUGUUUGAGCUGAGUCAGGCUCUGGUUCAGAGCGAGGAGGAAGUCGGUCAGCUGCAGACCCUCUCACAGUCUCAGAGCACACAGAUCCAGCAGCUCCAGGAUGUUUGUACACAGCUCAGCAGCGUGCGAGAAAUGAACGAGUUCUUACAGAUGGAGAAUGAGUUGGCGAGGGAGCAGGUGGCUGAAAGUGAGCGUUUGCUGAGGACAAACCUGCAGGGGCUUCGGGAGAGAAACAUCCAGUGUGAAGACCUAAAAGAAGAAGUUCGUCAGCUUCAGCUUGAGAACAGGAAUUUGCAGGAAGAGCUCGAAACCACAAGGUCCAGAGAAAGUGCAUCCCAGCUGGAGUUUGGAGAGAAGAUCGCUCAGGCAGUCACUGAAAUCACUUUGCUGCAUCACACACUGCGGGGACUGACCAACGAGCUACAUGCAGCCCUCAGGGAUGAGAAAGCAGAACCACACAAGGAUAAAGAGUCUCAAUCAGUUGUCAGAGCGAAGCCUCAUCAGUGCUCCAGCUCCUUUGUUGACAGCAUCAUGGUGGCAUUAACUACUGAGGAAGAGGAGGACGUCAGAGCAGACACACCAACUGGAUCAGUCCCUUCCGAGUCUGAAGCUUUGUUCAGUGAGACCAGCGCCUUCACCCGCAUUGCGGCCAUCACCCCUAAAAAGAAUCUGAAUGCGAAUGAGUUUGAACCAGAGAAAGAGGAGCAGAGGAGUGUGGCGGAGAUGCUCGCUGACCUGGGCAACACUGUCACGGAGCUGGUCAGCACGCUGGAGGAGGUGCAACAGCGCAAAGACACUCAGCUGGAAGAGAUGCACAACACCAUCUGUGGCCUGCAGGUGGAACAGGAGGCCUCUAACAGCAGGUAUGAAGCUGAACUGUCUGAACUUAAACAUCAGCUCAGUCGUAUGAAUAACUUGGCGGAGAGGGGAAAUCAGGCUCUGCAGCAGAAAGCUCAGGAUGAGAAAAAGAUGGCAGAGUGGAUGGCAGAAGUGCAAGAGGCCCAGGAAAUUCUAAAUAAACACAAGACUGAAAAUAAUGAAUUGCGAAAGGAAGUGACCGAGCUUCGUCGCGCUCACCAACAGUCGAAGGCCGAGUCUCAGUUCCUGCGGGACGAGUUGAGGAAAGCUGGUGGUCAGUCAGCCAACCCAGCACAUGUCCUGGAAGAGAAAAUUCAGUUACUGAAGGAGGUGGAGAGACUGAAGGCAAGUCUGCAGGAAGUGGAGCAGGCCAGAGUUAAACUCCUCGACAGAGCAAAGAGACAUCAAAUGAUCCAUCAGAACAACCAGCAGAAAAGUGAGAAUGAGCUUCAGAUAUUAAACAACAUGAUUAAUAGAAUCAGAGAGACGCUGCUGUCUUUGCCGGCAGCUGUGAAGAACAGUGAACAACUCCAACAACUCAUUGAAUAUAUCGGCUGACGUGUUGUUGUAUUCGUCUCUUAUCUGUGUUGUAUUUAUGAUUGUGUUGUCAACUUGUCAUGUUCUAAAAUUUCUUAUUUUUAGCAUUUGUUCAUUGUGAGUUGUAUUUGCUUCCUUUUGCAUAUUCUAAGUGUUUGGAAGUAAUACUAAUAAAAAAGACAAUGUUUUUAAACGCUC